AUGUCUCCCGAGCGCCUCGCCAUAGGCGAUGACGCCGGCCGUAAGGGGUCCGCCCGAAUUCGUGACGCUCCCGUUUCUCCAGUACGGGUAAACUUUCAGGACGACAACUGGGCUCAGCCAUCCAAUGCGAACAUCGAGAUGGCGCAACCUUACCAAGCAGAGUUUCCUGCCGCAGACCACUACCAACCACAAAAUGCCCCUCCCCCUCCAAACCACUCCUCCGCCUACGACCAGUCUUCUGCACGUCAAAUGCACAGUCGUGAUGGGAAACAACUACCACCGCUCGCGACCACGACGACAAAUGCUACCGCCUACACUGCCGAGCCCGAAUACCUGAGUCCGGCGAGUUCUCGACCCGGCAAUGAUCAGAUUUACCGCGCGAAAAGGGGGACCCGGGAUUCCGACAGCUACAGCAUACCGCGGUCACCAGACGGUAACCGUCAAAGCCGAGAGUCGGACACGACCACGAGCACAAAUCUACAACAGGCGUCGGCAGAAUCUUCGGCGACUACGAGCGCGAGCUCAGUCUCCGGCAACAAUGAGUCGUCCGACUACAAGGAGGAUGACUCUCCCGGGAGCUCGGUUGUGGACGGCAACAUGUCUGGAAACCAGUCGGUUCCCAUGUUCCAGUACUACCACCACCAGGAAUACCCUCCUCGUGUGGCUAGCGUCCCUCACGAGAUGGACGCUCGCCGUUCGUCCUCGAACCCUAGCUUGAACGCCGACGGAACACCAGUCAACCGCCAUUUGACGCCCACCGGCUUCACGAGAAGAACCUCGAUGCCCCGGCCCUCGUCUGCCUACUCUGCGAUUUCGGACUAUGCGCCUAGAGGACGUUCGCCCAAUUUGAUGCCCGGAGGAUCCCACAUGAGGACCCCGUCUGGCACCCGCAAGUCGCCCGAAAACAGACCGGUCUCAUACGCAGAGCUGUUGAACGUGCCAUACCCGCAGCCAGCUCCCGCGCCCAUCAACCUGAACAACAAUCAGCUCCAGAGCGCUGUGGGUAACAAUGCAUCGCUUCUGGGCACCCAGAAGACGCUGGAGAUGUAUCGCCAAAAUGUGAAGAAGACGAAUGACUUCUCCAUUCAAUACUCUUUUGCCGUCUUCUUGAUUUCCACUGCUCAAGAACAGGGUCUUGACGCGAGCGAGCCCGCCCCGCGCAAAGGCAAUUCAAGCCCUCAGCAUGGCCCGAACUCGCCUCACGAGCUGUUGAAGGAGGCAAAGGGAAUACUGACGAAGCUCGCUAGCAACGGGUAUCCUUUCGCACAAUACUACGUGGCAGAUGGAUAUGCCUCCGGUCUCUUUAGCAAAGGAAAGGAGGACUAUAACCAGGCCUUCCCUCUCUUCGUUCAGGCUGCCAAGCACGGCCACGCUGAGUCUGCAUACCGCGCUGCGCUGUGCUACGAGUUUGGAUGGGGCUGCCGCAAAGACCCGGCUAAGGCUGUUCAGUACUUGCGCAUGUCGGCAUCAAAGCGGCAUCCUGGUGCCAUGUCUCGCCUUGGAAAGGCCUGUCUCUCGGGCGAUUUGGGAGAGAAGCGCUACAAGGAGGGUAUCAAAUGGAUGAAGUUGGCCGCGGAGGCAGCGGAUUCAGUAUACAGUGCUGCUCCGUAUCAAUUGGGUUGCCUCUACGAGACUGGCUACGGUGACGACAUUUUCCGCGACGAAACCUACGCCGCCGAGUUGUUCACCGCCGCAGCAGAGCUGGGCCAUCCGGAAGCCAACUUUCGCAUGGGCGAGGCAUACGAGCACGGCAAGCUGAGCUGUCCUCGGGACCCGGCAUUGAGCGUUCACUUCUACACGGGAGCUGCUGAACGCGGCCAUGCGGGUGCCAUGAUGGGGCUUUGUGCGUGGUAUAUGGUCGGAGCCGAGCCGAUUCUGGAGAAGGACGAGGAGGAGGCAUACGAAUGGGCGCGUCGUUCGGCAGAGCUUGGCUACGUCAAGGCUCAGUACGCCGUGGGCUACUUUACAGAGAUGGGCAUUGGCUGUAGGAGAGACAUCCUGGAGGCCAACGUUUGGUACGUCAAAGCCGCCGACACUGGCGAUGAACGUGCGAAGCAGCGUCUCGCCAUCAUUCAAGCCGCCGUCAGCGGGGGCACGCCAAUGGAGGUCGCGCCGCCCCGGAACGGCAAGAUUAAGAAGAACGCAGGUGACAAGGAGAAGGACAAGGACUGCAUUGUGAUGUGA